GCGAGAGGUGCAGAUAUCCCCGACAUUCCAGGCGAGUUGGCGCUCCGGACCUGUGGCAGCACAGCAAGUAUGAAAGUGAAGAAUGUGAAAAAGUUGUCCUUCACCAAGGGUCAUUUCCCGAAGAUGGCCGAGUGUGCGCAUUUCCAUUACGAGAACGUGGAUUUUGGCAACAUACAGCUUUCGCUCCCGGAGGAACAGAAUGAAGUAACGAGAAACGGCUGCGAAUCCAAGGAACUGGUCUACCUUGUGCAGAUCUCUUGUCAGGGGAGGAGCUGGAUCGUGAAGCGGAGUUAUGAAGAUUUCAGAGUCCUCGAUAAACACCUCCACCUCUGUAUUUAUGACCGACGCUUCUCCCAGCUCGUAGAGCUGCCCCGCUCCGAUGCCCUGAAGGACAGUCCGGAGCUUGUCACCCAGAUGCUGAUGGCUUACCUGGCACGACUCUCGGCUAUCGCAGGCAACAAGAUAAACUGUGGGCCUGCCCUCACGUGGAUGGAGAUUGAUAACAAAGGGAAUCACCUGCUGGUCCAUGAGGAAUCCUCCAUUAACGUUCCUGCCAUUGCUGCUGCCCAUGUCAUUAAGAGGUAUAUUGCUCAAGCAGCAGAUGAACUGUCCUUUGAGGUGGGAGACAUCGUGUCUGUUAUCGAUAUGCCACCGAAGGAGCUGACCACGUGGUGGAGAGGCAAACACGGAUUCCAGGUUGGAUUUUUUCCUAGCGAGUGCGUUGAACUCAUUAACGACAAAGUUCCUCAGUCCGUCACCAAUUCUGUGCCAAAACCAG